AUGGACAUAAAAGUUGACUCAGCUCUCGUGGCAAGCGAUCGUUGGGUUAAAUUUUUAGUAUGGUGAAUACGUAGAUGUGAAAAUUUUACUACAGAGAACAGUUGGUUGUUUCAAUUAAAAUAAUACAAAUAAUGAGAAUUGUUAGUUAAAGUGUACAGUUGAGUUAUUUUUAUCAUCAGUAAUAGUGUUUGUUUCUAUUAGUUGACUGUUUAUUGAAUGUUUGUAUUGUGUAUAUAAAAUCGAGGUUAUAUUACAGCAGUUUUGUUUGAAAUUCUUUAAGAUGACUAUGAUUAUUAGCAAACAUGGCAGUAACAAAUGACAAUACAUUAGAAAAAUCAUCUUUUAGAAUAGCAAAACGGAUUAUUCUUUACAUUUUCAUAUAUCUAAUUGGAUAUUUUAACUGCUCCAUAACGUGGAUUUUAAUAUUAGUUUUUGCAACGACAUUGUCCGAAGAUUAUCUAAAUUUCAAAAACAGGAAAAGAACAUUUGCGAAGAAAACAGCAAAUGAAAAUGAAAAAGAUGUUAUAUUGGAGAAUCUCGGAGAACUACCUUCAUGGGUUGUUUUUCCAGAUGUAGAACGUGCAGAGUGGUUAAACAAGAUUGUAAAACAAUGCUGGCCUUUUGUAAAUUACUAUGCUCGCGAUUUAGUCAGAAAUUAUUUAGAAAUCAAGUUGAAGAAAAAUUUAGAAAAAUAUGGCCUGAAAGGGUUUCAUUUUGAACGAAUUAUAUUAGGUAGUGUGCCAUGUAGAACUGGAGGUAUUAUCGUAUAUGACAAUGUAUCUAGAGAAGAAAUUGUUAUGGAUAUUGAUAUUACAUACGCUGGCGACUGUGAUGUUAAAUUCCGACUCAGGGGCCUUCUAGGUGGGAUAAAAAAUUUACAGAUGUACGGGACACUUCGUGUGGUACUCAAGCCGUUAAUUCGCCAUCUUCCAUUAAUAGGGGGCGUUCAAUUGUUUUUCUUAAACAACCCUGAUAUAGAUUUUGAUUUAGAUGGAAUUGCUGGUAUUCUUGAUAUACCUGGAAUCAAUGAAUGUUUGAGAAAAUGUAUAUGUGCUACUGUAGGCUCUUUAUUUGUAUUACCUAAUAAAUUUCCAUUGAAAUUUUGCCGAGAAGUGAGCAGCGAGCAACUUAAUACGCCAAAUCCAGCUGGUGUUCUACGAGUUCAUGUAAUAGAAGCAAAAGAUUUACUUAAGAAAGAUCUGUCAUUUACUGGUAAAAGUAAAUCUGAUCCAUAUGCCGUGUUAGUCGUUGGAGAGCAAAGUUUCAAAACUGAAACAAUUCCAUCAAAUGUCAACCCCAAAUGGGAUUAUUGGUGUGAGUUUGUGAUUCUAGAAUUCACUGGUCAAGAGUUAUUAAUUUCGGUUUGGGACGAAGAUCCCACUGAGGAUGAAUUUUUGGGCAGAGCGUCAAUCGCCAUAGCCAGUUUAAUUAAAGAAGGAAUAAGUGAUAUGUGGCUGGUUUUGGAAGACGUGAAACAUGGAGAUAUUCAUAUUCGAACAACUUGGUUAACAUUAACUACAGAAUAUAGCAAUUUAAAAGCAGCGUUAUAUGAAAGUCAACAAUUACAGUUAUCUCAUAUGAGCUCGUCAUUAUUAAUUGUUUAUAUAGAUUCCGCUACAAAUUUGAAGCAAGUUAGAACGUCCACUAAACCAGAUCCAUAUGUUCAACUGCAAUUAGGUAGACAAAUUAAAACAUCAAAUUGUGUGAUGAGAACAGUGAAUCCCGUUUGGGAGGAAGGAUUUAUAUUCAUGGUUGCAAAUCCUGAUUCAGAUUAUCUGAAUUUAAAAAUAUUUGACGCUAAAACUGAAGCAGAACUUACUGAAGUUAGUUACAAUGUUAGCGGUCUUUGUGAUAAAGAAAAUUUAGAAAUUGAAAAAGAAUCACUCCGGUUGGAGUUUGGCCGUACCGACUGUAAAUUAAUUUGGUCUCUGCAUUUGAAGAUUUUUCAUAACAACAAUUUUCAAGAAUAUUUAGAAAAGCGACCUUCCUCGAGAAACUCGAUGUCCAGUAUACAUACAAUUGAAAGGGAUUUGACGGAUUCAGAAUCAAUAUCUAGUGACAGCACUAAAUAUUCCAGUCACAGCCGCAGACAUACAAAAUAUUCUCUUAAAUCAAACAAUUCUUUUUGCUCAAGAACAUCUCAAGAAAGCUAUGGUGAUAUAAAUUUAACAAUGAGGUAUAGUUUACAAAGACAAAGGCUGAUUGUUGUUGUGCAUAGAGUUUGUAAUUUAUAUUUCGAAGAUCCUACCGAAGAUAAGGAUAUAUAUGUGAAGAUUUAUUUAUUACCAGAAAGAUGCAAGGCGAAUAAAAGGAAAACGAAAGUAAAAUGUCAUAUUUCAUUAAAAAAAAUUCUGUCUCAUUUUCUAUUUCAGGUGAUAAAAAAUUGUAGAGAACCUGCUUUCGAUAAACGUUUUGAAUUUUUAGUUGCUCAAGAUGAUCUGAAUGAUAAAUAUUUAGAAGUGUCUGUAAUCGAGGAAAAAGUUAUUAAAAACGAGAUUUUGGGACAAAGACGUUCAUAACCAGAGGUGGAAAGACUUGAAAACAUUAAGAUGAUGAAUAGGGAGAGUUUUUUUACAGCAUUGCUUUUAAUAAGUGUAAUGCUACUCGAUCAGAGCAGUUUGUGUAAAGUAUAACAAUCAUAAACCUCCGGAAACCUAUCAAUGAUGCUAAGCAUGAAAAUCAAUAGUAUACGGCCAUAGCCAUAGACAAAUGAAGCAACCCGUCAGCUGAUCGCAUUUACUCAUCGGUCUAUCAGGAUAGAAAGAAUCAUAACAUAUAACCACGACCCGAUUAACUCGAUCAGUUUCCGAACAACAAUGACCGUGAUCUGGGUUAGUUUCCGAACAUUUAGAUCCUGAUCGAGUAAACUCUAUAUAUGUAAUACUUCUAUAUGGACAGUUCCUAUAAGUGGAAGGUGUUCCGACUAAGUGGAACGAAUAGUAUAUCGUUCUCUCUCUCUCCUCCGGGCGCUUCAGUUAGUUCUGAGCAUGUUUUGGGCGCAUGAAGCAUGCGCAGUAUAGAUAAAGUGUCUCGAACGAGAGAGAAAAUGAAUAUUGUCGACAUCGUAGAGCAGGGACGUUUUU